AUGUUGCAGAGAGCUGCGAACCAUGCUUAUUCCUGGUGGUGGGCCAGCCACAUUCGCACCAAGCAAUCCAAAUGGCUCGAACAGAGCCUUCAAGACAUGGAAGAGAAGGUGCACGGCAUGCUCCAGCUGAUCGAAGGCGACGGUGACUCGUUCGCGAAGAGGGCGGAGAUGUACUACCGCAGGCGGCCCGAGCUCAUCUGCGCCGUUGAGGAGUCCUACAAAGUCUUCCGCGCCCUGGCCGACCGCUACGACCUCUUGUCGAAAGAUUUCCAAAAUGCCAACCACACCAUCGCGACUGUCUUCCCGGAGCAGGUCCAGUUUGGCAUGGCGGACGACGACGACGUCCUCCCCAACAUGCCGGACAACUUCGUCGUCCCGGAGAUGAACAUGUCCAAGAUCCCCCAAGUCCCCAAGGCUCCCGUCAGAGACCUCAAGACGAUCAUCUCCAGGGCCUCCAAGCAGGUCCAGGCUAGGAAGAUGAAGGCGGCUCACACGCGCCAGAAGCCGGCUGUCGAGUCCGGCCUCACCAAGGAGGAGGCUCUAGAGGAGAUCAACAAGCUGCAGAAGGAAAUCCUAUCUUUGCAGACUUUGAAGGAGUUUGUGAAGAGCUCUUAUGAGAGUGGGAUUGGUAAGUAUUGGGGGAUUGAGAGCCAAGUGAUGGAGAUGCAGCAAAGGAUUUUGAAGCUACAAGAUGAGUUCAGUAUGGAUAUCGUGAUCGAGGAUGAUGAGGCUCGGACGCUAAUGGCUGAGGCCGCUCUCAAGUCGUGUCAAGAGACCUUGGCCAUCCUGCAGGAGAAGCAGGAGAAGAUAGCUUUCGAAGCGAUGGAUGAGUACGAAAGGAUUGAGGCCGCCUGUGAGCGGUUACAGUCACUUCGCGAUAAGUACAGCCUUGAGCAAAUAGAUGGUGCACGGGAUACAUCACGUGAGUUCAGUAAAGACGUGGCUGCCUUGCUGCAGGAGACAAAAGAGCUCGAGGAGCUGCCCGAGAAGCUGGAGGAGACCUUGGACACGGCCUCGUUGGCUAGUCUCUCUGCCACUCAGCUAGCGGAAAAGAUUGAUGUUUUGGUGAAUAAGGUGAUCACGUUAGAGACGGCUGUGUCGUCUCAGACGGUUCUUGUGAACACGCUGAGGGCCGAGAACGACGACCUCAACACGCAGAUCCGGAGCCUGGAGGAGGAGAACGAGAGCCUCGGCGGGGACACGCAGGGGCUGAGCUCCAAGGUCAUCCAUAUGGAGGAGAAGCUGAACAAGGUGCAAGACUUAAAUAAGAAUGUAGAGAGCCGCAACACUACUCUUCAAACCAAUUUCGCCAAGGCGAAAACCAGCAUCAAUACUCUUGCGGAGAAGCUCACCAGUUUCAACCCUGACGAUGAUCCCGAGCCUUCUCCUUCCGAUGUUGUGACAAAUGUCGAUGAUAAUCUGUCAGGCAGUGUAGAGGAUAAGAAACCGGCCGAGGAUGAGAUUCCCGACACUCUGAAGGGAGACGAGGAGGCCGGUGCAGAUGCUGCCCGCGCCUCCUCAAGAGAAUUUAGCAGUGCAGAGGAUGAUGGCGGUCACGCCUCAGAGACAAAACAAGGUAGUCUAAAAGAAGAAGCAAAAGAAUUUAAAGAUGUAAGAGAAGUAGCGAGCAAAGAAGAGGGAGAAGAAGAGGAAGAAGAAGAAAAUACGAAGAAGAUGCGAAGAAGUUUGACAUCCGUCGCGCAAGAGAAGGAAAACAAGGAGAAUGCGGUAAGAAAGACAUCAUCGUUCUCAGGGCGAAAAACGAUGCAGAAGAUACUCGAGGAGGAAUACGAAAACUCUCCAAGAAACAAAGCUAGGGCGGAGACUAAAGAUAAAGAAGAGGACGACUACAGCUGGCAACAGAUCCUCCUCAGCGGAAUGGAGGAUCGAGAGAAGAUCCUCCUAAAGGAAUACACCACAAUAUUGAGAAACUACAAAGAGGUGAAGAAGAGACUGAACGAGGUGGAAAUGAAGGAAAGGGACAGCCACUUCGACACCACCAUACAACUGAGGGAGCUCAGGAAGGCCAUCUCGAGACGAGACCAGGAAAUCACGAACCUCCGCAAAAGGCUCAACGAAGACAUCCCCGAACAGGACAAAUUAGACAACGAGAACGAGAAGCGCGAGACAGCGAUGGUGCACAUGGCAAAGGGCCACUCGCAGUCGCUGGUGGAGAAGAAGCUUAGGACAGACAUCGACGCCAUCCUGGACGAGAACUUAGACUUCUGGUUCAGGUUCAGCACCGCGUUCCAACAGAUACAGAAGUUCAAGACAGAAGUAAGGGACCUGGACGAGGAGAUGGCCAAACUGCGCAGGACAGACCAGAUGCAGGAGCUGAAAUCAGAAGUGGUGCCAAUUUUCAAGCAUUUAAGGGAUAUACAGAGAGAGCUGACGGUGUGGCUGGAGCAGAGCGUGCCACUGAAGGAGGAGCUGAGGAGCCGAUUCUCGUCGCUGUGCAGGAUUCAGGAGGAGAUCACGAAGGCGCUGAGGGAGGGCGUGGAGUGGGACGAGAUCCGGUUCAGCAGCCACCAGGCGGCGAAGCUGCAAGGGGAAGUGCUGAACAUGAAGCAGGAGAACGAGAAGGUGAGGGAGGAGCUCGAGGCCGGGCUCGACCACGUGAGCAUGCUGCAGCUGCAGAUAGACAAGACGCUGGGGCUGCUGGAUCAGGAGUUUGAGAUAUCGAAGGAGCGGUCGGAGAGGAAGAGUAAGUUGCCACUUAGUUCAUUCAUUUUUGGGAAUAAGUCUCAGUCGAAGAAAGCUAGGACUUCGAUCUUCUCGUGCAUGCAUCCGAGUAGGAAAUACCAGGUUCUUAGAGCUGGGAUUCGGUUUUCGUCGAGUAAUAACUCUUCUUCUUCUUCUUCUUGA